CCAUUCAACGCUCAUUCAUAAAAGAGUUUUCUAACCACAAAAACAUCAAAACCAAAACAAAUAACAACAAUCAGGUACUGUUCAUAGAGCUCGUUUGAAGUUAAUUUUAACCAGAUAAUGAGAUACGCACAAUUGGUCAUGGGACCCGCUGGAAGCGGAAAGUCAACCUACUGUGCCAAUAUACAACAACAUGCUGCCGAUUGUAAUCGUGUUAUCAAUGUAGUUAAUUUGGACCCAGCUGCUGAGCACUUUGAAUACAGUCCAUUGGUUGAUAUCAGAGAAUUGAUUCAUGUGGAUGACACUAUGGACGAUGAAGAGCUUCAUUUUGGUCCGAACGGUGGACUGGUGUUCUGCAUUGAAUAUCUAAUCGAAAAUCAGGAAUGGCUAAAAGCACAACUGUGCGGUGGUGAUGAUGAUGAAGAAGUUGACGGUGAACCAGACGAUGAUUACAUAAUAUUCGACAUGCCCGGUCAAAUUGAACUGUACACACACUUGACCGCCGGCAAGGACCUUGUAAAAUUGCUACAAUCCUGGAAUUUCAACGUGUGCAGCGUGUUCUUAAUCGACUCACAGUUUAUGAUCGAUGGUGCGAAAUUUUUAUCGGGAACCAUGGCAGCGUUGAGUGUUAUGGCUAACAUAGAAUUGCCGCACGUCAAUGUGUUGACCAAAAUGGACCUGCUAAGCAAAACAGCCAAGAGUCAAUUGGAGAAAUAUAUUGAGCCAGAUCCGCAUGCACUACUUGGUGAUGUUGCAAAUGAAUCAGCAUGGGGCCGAAAGUAUCACAAACUAUCAGAGGCUAUCGGCAUGCUCAUCGAAGACUUCAGUUUGGUGCGAUUCACACCGUUGAAUUUACGAGAUGAAGAGAGUAUUAGCGAUCUACUCAUGACCAUCGACAACAUUUUACAGUACGGCGAAGAUGCUGACACAAAAACGAAAGAUUUUGAGCAACCGGAUCCGGAUGAUGGAGAUGACGAUGAUCGUAAUUCGUAUGAAUAAAAUGCAGCCAGUUUUUGUAAAUUAAAGGAAAAAUUCUAAUUCUU